AUGAAGCUUAUAAGAGAUUUUAGAAACAAGGGUAUAGACAAAAAUGUCAACAGAAAAAGUACAGUCAAAUGUGGGAAAAACCAGCCAUCUAAUUUUUUUUUUAUAGAGCUUGUAGCAAGAAUAGAAGUGUGUCUACGCAUUAUAUCCAAUCUUUUAUACAGUGCUAAUAGUUGCGAUAAGAUGCCAUAUAUAGAUUCUAUAACUAUUUUUAAAACACUUUUCGGCCCAUUAAUUGGUGAAACAGAAACGACAUCACGUAGGCGUGGCUGGGAUGAUAACGAUGGUUGGCCUGGAAGCGGUGGUCCUGGUGGGCCUUCAAGAAAUCAGAGAUAUGGUGGACGACGGCCUAUAGGGCGUCCAGCAUUUUCUUCUGGAAUGUCUUGUCCUCCAAUGAGCGGUGGAGGAUGA